CGAGAUUGUGGCAGCCACUUGUUUGGUCAAUCCAUUGGCGAAUUACGGCAACGAUGGACCACGAGAAGCUCGCCGCGGAGAAGCAACUGCUCGCGUACCUGCAUGCGCACACGACUGUCGCGGAUACCUACCCGUACGCGCUGUCGCAUGGCCUCGACCACGCCCUUGUCGUCGGCGUCGUUAAGAGUCUGCUCGUCGACGCCUUUGUGACGGCGUCGGAAGUCUCGACUUCGUUCUACGUGCUGAGCGAGGAGGCGCUUGGCAUCAUGCAGAACGGGUCGCCCGAGUUCCAGGUCUUCAGCGCCAUUGCUGCCGAUGGUAUUAGCAAGGCCGACCUCGAAGCCAUUGUUGGCGCGGCCACCUUCAAGGUCGGCCAGGGCGCCUGCAUGAAGAACAAGUGGAUCCGCAUGGACAAGGCCACGGGCAUGAUCUACCGCAAUGUCGAAAGCGUCACGGACGACGUUGUGGCGCUCUUGAAGAACGUCGAGGCCGUCAAUGGUGACGUCGCGCGCGUCGCCAAGGCGGACGCGGACAACCUCAAGCGCCGCAAGCUCCUCACCCUCCAGGUCCGCAAGUCGUGGAGCGUCGGCAAGGGCCCCAACUUUGCCCUCGAGCGCAAGCGCCAGGCGGCCGGGCUCAACAAGGACAUGCUCGACAGCGAGGCGUGGAAGACGGAGACGUUUAAGCCGUACAACUUUAACACGAUGGGCAUGCCUGUCGGCGGUGGCCACUUGCACCCGCUCAUGAAGGUCCGCGCCGAGUUCCGCCGCGUCCUCAUGGACAUGGGCUUCCAAGAGAUGCCGACGAGCCGCUUCGUCGAAAGCAGUUUCUGGAACUUUGACUCGCUCUUCCAGCCGCAGUCGCACCCGGCGCGCGACGCCCACGACACGUUCUUCCUCACGACGCCCGCGAGCGCAAACUCGGUGCCCGAAGACUACUACGAGCGCGUCCGGGACAUGCACGAGAACGGCGGCCACGGCUCGAUCGGCCAUGGCCGCGGUGCGUUCACGCGUGAAGAAUCGUUCAAGAACCUUCUGCGCACGCACACGACCGCGAUUUCGGCGCAGAUGCUCUACAAGCUCGCCAACCAACCGGGUGGCUUCAAGCCGCAAAAGUACUUUUCGAUCGACCGCGUCUUCCGUAACGAGAGCAUGGACGCGACGCACUUGGCCGAGUUCCACCAGGUCGAGGGCGUCGUCGCCGACUACGACCUCUCGCUCGGCGACCUCAUUGGCGUCAUCAGCAGCUUCUUCAAGAAGAUUGGCAUCACGCAGAUGCGCUUCAAGCCCGCGUACAACCCGUACACGGAGCCGAGCAUGGAGAUCUUUGCGUACCACCCGGAUCUGAAGCGCUGGACGGAAAUCGGCAACUCGGGCGUCUUCCGCCCCGAGAUGCUGCGGCCGAUGGGCCUCCCCGAGAACGUCCGCGUCAUUGCGUGGGGCCUCUCGCUCGAGCGCCCGACGAUGAUCAAGUACCGCCUCAACAACAUCCGCGACCUCUUUGGCCACAAGGUCGACCUCGAACAGACGCGGUCCGCCAAGCUCUUCCGCGUCGACGAGCCGACGGAGGAGGAAACGGCGACGGCGUAA